AUGCAGACUUUGUUCUUGUCGCAGAGGGAGUCACACCUCCUUGUUUUUGGUCCCCCAUCUGGGGCAGAGGCUAUAUGCCAGCUGCGUUUACACAAGGGCUCAGCAUUUUGUAGGUUAUCCCCGGCAACAGAACUCAAGUAUCAACUCUGCCUACCCGAGGACACUCGGGUGUUUGAUCUUAUCCCUUCAAUCAUGAUAGACGGCGAACAGUUGUAUUCGGCAGCACAUGCCCUAUCCAUUCGCAACGGCCUCGAGAGCCUAGCAGGUGAUCAACUGGCAACCUUCAGAGACCAAUGUGUCUUGGAGCAUGCCAAAGCUUUGUCUUUGCAGAAUGCCUGCGAUCGAUAUACUUCUCAGUAUCAAUCCACAGUCACGGAGGAGAAAAAGGCGGCCAGGCUCGCUGCCAUUUGGAAACACCUUUCGAAGACCGGCUAUAGUAGGGCCGACAUGGAGAGCAUUAAAAAUCAUGCUUUCAUUGACAGUACUAGGAUGCUGACUACUGAAGAAUGGUUUCUCAUUGAGGCCGACCUUCUUCACUCUAUACGCGAAGCUCGAAUCACACGGCUGUUCAAGAGACUGGAAGAAGAGAAGGUGAUGAAUGGACGUAUGGAUGCUCUGAAAAGGGCUUAUGUUCACCUUCUCUGGGGUCUCCAUCCUAGUUUGUGGCGGAACCUUCCAACACCAGAGACAGCUUUCCUCUUCCCAGCAUUCCCCUGGUGCCUGACUUCCCCGGACGCAGUCAGUUUCGACGAGUCUUUCUUUAGAUCCAACGGGAAGGCUCUAUUGUCGGAAGCAACUCAGUUCUCCAUGAAGUUCUUUGUGAAAGCCUCUGAAGUGUUUCAUAACGAGAGCCGCAAAAUCGCACCUAUCGUUUUAGGACUGAAUCUUUACCAUUACUACAAGAUCAGAUUGGAUCCCUGGGGCAUCUUCCCUGGCACUGGAUCCAGGCUCACUAUCGCCACAUACACCUGUCAGCAAUGCGGCGUUAAAUGUAUCACGGCGCAAGGCGCAAUAGCUCAUCUCAACGGCAGCAGGUGCAAGCCUGACAGCGUCCUCCACCUAUUCCCCUUCACCUUCACCCCUGACCUGCUGGUCUUCAAGCUGGUUCUUCUCGCAGGGUUGUCUCCCUGGAAUGCCACCGCCGAUGACAUGGACAACCGGAACCCGCUGUUUCGAUGCCUGGCGUGUGUGGAUGAUGACAACGACGACUACCUUCUGUACACAUGGCACGAUUGUCUGAAUAUCCAUACUUGGCAUGACAAUGCUUCAUUUGAAGUAGUCACCGGGGCAAUGGACAUAGAGGUGCUCGAUCUUAGCACUUGGUCGUGCGCUCAUUGCAACAUCGAUGUCAAUGAUCCAAAAUUUCGAGCAAUCCUCGACACACACCUUUCGACAGCUCACGGAAUUGACGAACCCAAAGCACCCAUAGAUCGGUUCUAUUUACCUUCUUAA